AUGUCUCUAUCUAUCAACGCCAAGCAAUGGGUACUAAAAACACAAACCGAACCCGGUCACCCAUUCAAUAUGGAUCUAUCAAGUCCUGAAGCCUCGUUUGAGCUCAAAGAAGUAACAUUAAAAGAAGACUCCCUUCAAGAUGGUGAUAUUCUUAUUGAGACCAUUUAUUUAUCUAACGAUCCAGCUCAAAAGUUCUGGAUCAUCUCAGCUGAUAAAAAUUAUGCUGCUGGGGUGGCUCCUGGUGAACCAAUCCCUGCCAGAGGGCUUGGUAAAGUUCUCGCCUCGAAGAAUACGAACUUCCCCGUAGGUGCCUUAAUAUCAGCCCAAACAAACUGGUCUACUCACACUAUUAUUCGUAAAGAACAAUUGGGUGUUGCUCGUGUUUUACCAAUGGAAGGUGUUGAACAACUAUGGUGGUACUUAUCUGUCCUGGGUGGUACAGCAGUAACUGCAUAUUUUAUCUUCUAUAGAUAUGCUGAUUUACAAGAUUGUAACCCUGAAUCUCAUGGUAAAACAUUUUUGAUCUCAGGUGCGGCUGGUGCAGUUGGCUCUAUGUGUGUUCAAAUUGCAGCUAAUGUAUUUAAGGCAAAGAAGAUUAUUGCCAUUGCUGGCGGACCUCAAAAGGUUAAAUUUGUUGAGUCACUAGCUCCUUCCGUUGUUGUUGGUGUUGAUUAUAAGGAUCCAAAGUUCAAUGAGAAUCUAUUGGAAGCCGCUGGUGGAGAGAAUACAGUUGAUUACUUCAUUGAUAAUGUUGGUGGAAAAAUCCUUGAUUUAGGUUGUAAUUUGAUGAAACCACUGUCUACUAUUGUAGCUUGUGGUUCAAUCAGUGGGUAUAAUGAUCCCUCUCAAUUAGUUUUCAAAAACUAUGUGAGUGUCAUUACUAAAAGAUUGACUCUAAGGGGUUUAUUAUUAAUGGACAACUAUGACAAAUUCCCGGAGGCUUAUUCUCAUUUGACACAAUGGAUUAAAGAUGGUAAAAUCGAUAAGACAACUUCUGCAACCAUUGUUGACGCUACAAAUGAUAAGUUUGUUAAUGUUCCAACUAUAUGGGAUGGAUUAUUCCACGGUAAGAAUACAGGUAAGUUAAUUACUAAAGUUAAUGAAGAAUGA